UAAACGUGGGCUGUUGUGUAUCCCUCUCUGGGCCCCUUUGCUAUUUUUGUGCCUGGGUCCGCACGUCACGGUUGGGUAUUUUCUCUGGUGACUAGCUCGCAUCAAUAGAUCUUCUAAUGUACAUCCAGUCGGCCAGCAGCUUCACGACUGAUGGGACUUUUACCUCGUUUGUUUCUUUCAUAUUUUGUCACCCGGACAUGAGGAGAAUGGAGAGACGGACUAUGCAGUAUGAGGAAUGUCACAUGUGACUGUCAAUAUGGGACAGGGGACUAUUCAAAUGUCAGAUGACCCUUCCCUGCAAUUCACAUGUAUGUUAAUAUCACUAAAGUUACGUAACAGUUAUUGUCCUUGAAAAUCGAUCGCAAAGGAAGUGACACUGGAUUCAUGGAGUCACUUGAAACUACUGCAGGGGUGAAAAGCUCCACUGAGGGUCAGGACAGAAAUGUUGCACAGAAAAAAUGCACAUCAGAGGCUGCACAAACUAGGCGGAGACCACCAGUCGAAUCGGAAGGCAAAGGGUGGCACCAACAAGGAGCAGAAACUCAGAGCAAAGAUUCGUGUGGUUUCAAAGAAAUGUCUGACUCAGGGAAAUCACUGCAAUUAGAAGAUCAGCACUCACAAACCCAGUCGACAAGCCAUCAAGACUAUGAAGUAUCUUCACACCCACUACAGUCCACAAAGCAGUUUUCUAGUGGCAGACAGAAAGUUUCUACACAGUCCCCAGGACCUGCAUCUCACAGAAAGUCCCCCAGUUCACCUGAAGUCCAACAGCAGUGUUCUCAUUCAGGGAUGGAUCUGCUUUCAGAAACGGCGUGUAAGGUGGAACAGAAACCACAAAAGCCGGGGAAGUAUGUUUGCGAUUACUGCGGAAGGGCAUGUGCCAAACCCAGCGUGCUGAAGAAACAUAUUCGCUCACACACCGGGGAACGACCCUAUCCAUGUGUUCCCUGUGGGUUCUCCUUCAAAACCAAGAGUAAUUUAUACAAACACAGAAAGUCUCACGCUCACUCAGUCAAAGCUGGAACAGUGCCAUUCUCAGAACUCGGUUCGUACAAUGCCAAUACAGACCAAGGGUCUUUUGAAGGGGAAGGAGAGCUGUUCUCCGAUGCUGAGCAAAGCACAGACACGGACGAGGACACUCUUAAUGACCCGCUGCUGCUGCUGGACUCUCCAAUGGAGGGAUCAGAUAACACUGCUGUAAAAGUACUAAAUCUCAUUGCUCAGAAAAAGGGAGCCACGUCGGUGUCAGCUCAGGAUGGUUCAUCCCAAUCCCAAGAAAUCAAUGCACCUUCUGCUGCUGCUGAGGCUAGUCGUGCAAUUCAAUCUUCCACAAUCAAACAGAGGCUGGCACUCCGGCUGUCUGAGAAAAGAAGCAGUGACUCUGACCACAAUCUGUCCCUUCCAAGUCAGUCUAGCAAGGGCAGCACGGACUCCGGGUACUUCUCGCGCUCUGAGAGUGCUGAGCACCAGACCGGUCCUCCAAACACUAAUGCAAAGUCCUACCAAGAAAUUAUGUUUGGAAAGUGUUAUCGGCCAAGCCCUAAGCAGGCAACAGCUUUUGUGGCUUGCAGCACAGACUCAAGUGAAUAUACCAACAAACGCUCAGAGAAAGGCAUUUCCCGUGUUUUCACUCAAGAAAAAGACACCGUUGAAUCAAUCAAAAUAAACACAAAGUCGUUCACAAGGGAAGAGGUAAAAGAACCCCUAUUAGAUGCUGGCUCUGAUGUAGGGCCUCUGAUCAGAAGCAACUCAAUGCCAACAUCCUCGGCAGUCUGUCUGACUAUGCCUCAAGCACUCAGAGGCAGCCACUCGUUUGAUGAGAGAACAGGCACCGGGGGCAUGAGGAGACUCAGGCGGCAAGCUGCUUUCGAACUAUCUGUGCAAGAUGGCCACACCGACACUGACAGUCACGGAAAGACUAGUGAGAGUGGCAUUUCACCCUCAGGACUGGAAAUGGAAAACUACCAUUCUGUGGUGCCUAGUAUGAGCCAUCAGAGGCAUGCAAUGGAACUGGCAACGCGCAAGCGUCGGAAGGAAAAAAGGGAAGAGGAGGAUUUGUCAAGUCAGUAUGAAGGCCAUCAUGAACAGUGUGAAGACAUGUUUGAUUCAAGCAAGGACUAUGAUGUAAAACAAGGUGCAGUGGGCAUUAUGGCUUUAGGAAAAGUCCAUUCACAGAUGGACAGGUGUGACAUGGACAUAUCAGUGUGCCCUGAAAUGUCUGCUCGAAAAACCUUAGGGAAUGUAAUUUCAGUUAUCCAGCACACAAACUCAAUAAACAGGCCUUACUCUGAACAUUCAGAAUCUUACAAAUAUCAUGGGCAGAGACGGGAAAUAAUUUCUUCAUUUCAAGCUAUGGACGCAACUGAAUCAUAUGAGAUGGAACGAAGUGACAGUAGAUUAAGGCAGCCAGUUCAACUGGGGCCGAAACUCGUGCGGCAGUCUAACAUACAAGUCCCAGAAAUUAGAGUCACAGUAGAGCCUGACAGCCCAGACAAGGCUCCUGAGGUGCAGGUAAAGGAGCCAGAGAAGCAUGUGGAGGAGUUUCAGUGGCCUCAAAGGAGUGAAACUUUGGCACAAUUCCCUCCAGAAAAGCUCCCUCCAAAGAAGAAAAGGCUACGCUUAGCUGAUAUUGAGCACUCCUCUGGUGAAUCUAGCUUUGAGUCUGCCUGCACUAGCCUCUCCCGCAGCCCCAGUCAAGACAGCAACUUAUCUUAUAGCUCCACCUUAUCAUUUGACAGGGAAGAGAGCUUGAAGUCAGUCUCUCCAGCCAGGCAGGAUGAAUUUGGCAAGCCACUAGAAUUCUUAGCUGUGCCAGGGAGUGGGCACUCCCUCUCAGUGCUUAACCAGCGUCAACAACAUGAAAUGAGACGCUCCUCCUCAGAGCAGGCGCCAUGUAACUUGCGCAAGGAGUUCCCAGAGGUGCGCAGCGUAUCAUUUGACUAUGGCAGUCUUUCUCCAACAUCCAAAGUUAGACACGUGGACAUUAGCUCUGUGAAAGAGAGAAGGAGGGGAAACUUAGUGCGACAGGAGUCACUGAAUAUGGAUACUGAAGUAACACAAGUCUCAUCGCAAGUGUUUCCACAGUACCUCAGCAGCAUCUCCCCUCCAUUCACUGCCGCCACUGUCCUGCCACAUACUUUGCCAAUAUUUUCAACUGGGAAUACAUUUCCUCAGCUUGCACAUCCGAGCCUGAUGGUUCCCGUAAGAAUUCAGACUCAUGUACCAUCCUAUGGCAGUAUCACAUACACCUCAGUAUCACAGAUUUUUGACUAUCAGUAUGACAGUGUUAGCGCCACCCUUCAGAGUCAGAGCUCAAGACUGCCUGGAAAUCUCGAUUCUCAUAAUGUAUCAGCUUAUACAAAACUACCUACAACACACACCAUCAGUGUUGAGGCCCUUGAUUUGUCAUCAGCCAAGCUCAAGACAGGCAUCCCUCUCUCUCUGACCUCCAGAACUAUCUCAACCACUAAUGCCUCCAGUGGUGGUGCAAACAAACGGAUGCUAUCCCCUGCCAGCAGCCUGGACCUAUUCAUGGAGGUCAAGCAGCAGAAGCGUGUGAAAGAGGAGAGAAUGUUUGGGCAGAUUGUAGAGGAGCUCAGUGCUGUGGAGUUGGGAAAAUGUAAUUUGAGUGAAGAGAAGGGGCACAGGUCAGGGAUGCAGGGUGCACCAACACCUCAGGCUCAGAAUGACUCACACAGGAGUAAAUUUAUCACACUUCAGCAAAAAGAGACCGAGGCCACUGACCAUGGCGCGGAGUCAGUUAUGGAAAGCAGCUCGCUGGAUACAAGCUCGCCUCCUUAUGCCGUGAUAUCAGUCAGUGAAGUGAAAGAAGCUGGCAUGGAGAAACGAGUGCAGAUGGAUAUAGUGGCACAGCUGGUAACCAGUCAAGACAUCCUGAUGUCAGACUCCGAGAAUUCAAGGCUGUUAUCUCAGUUUCCAAGUCUUCGCACGACAACAGGUGUGAGCUGGUGUUAUCUCAACUACACCACGCCAAGCUGCUCUCACAGCACCGCCCCUUUCUCCUCUGUGUACGCCACCUGGCGUGUGAGUUCCCAUAACCCGAACCCUCUUGAACUGAGUACCAGCACUGCUCUGGCUCUGCUGCAGUCCAGACAGAGGGGAGACAAGGUUAUAUACACCAUGGCUGCCAUGUGCCAGCCUGGUACAGGGAAGCUGGUUUCAUCACUCAUCCUGUGGAGGCAGACCAUAGAACAGCUGCAGAGGAAACCGGAGCCCAAAGAGGUGGACGUCACCUACGGGAAGAAGGUGAAAGACAUCAGCUGCAGAGUGAAAACUGCCAAGGAAGAGUGGAAAGAGAGGGAAGCUGCCACAACCCAAACUGUGCCAACACGAAUUAAGAGCUUUGAAGGAGGGUACAAGUCUAAUGAAGACUAUGUGUAUGUCAGAGGUCGGGGUCGGGGUAAAUACAUUUGUGAGGAGUGUGGUAUCCGCUGUAAGAAGCCGAGCAUGCUAAAGAAACACAUUCGGACCCAUACAGACGUGCGACCGUAUAUCUGCAGGGUUUGCAACUUUGCUUUUAAAACUAAAGGAAACCUAACUAAACACAUGAAGUCAAAGGCACACAUGAAGAAGUGCCUUGAACUGGGAGUGUCAGUGACAAUGGAUGAGACAGAGAUACAGGAACAUGUGGAUGACAUCCAACAAAAGUCCAAGACAGAGGUGGCUGUGACAACCAAACAUCAGUUCUCAGACGCUGAGGACUCUGAUGGCAUGGAUGAAGAAGUUGACGAAAUCGAUGAAGAUGACGAUGAGGACGAUGAAUAUGAGGGCGAUACCACCCCAAAGUUGCGUUCAAGAAGCACGAGUCCUCAGCCGUGUGCCGUUACCUCUCUGUCAGUUACAGCUACCGCUGCCAUCCACGGCUGCUCUCUUGCAUCUCUGCCAGGAGUUGAUGUCAGUCAACAACCCUCCGGCAGGCGUACAGGCUCAGAUCAUCGACCUGUCCUCGCAAAUGACCAGAGAGAGAAAUCCGUGGAUGAAGACUCCCUGACUAUGCUGUCUCCAGAUCAGAGCAGCUUCCUUUUUGACCCUUACUCUUCUUGUCUACUCUCUCCUGGCUGGGAGUCUCCCAUCAGGGAGCCCUCUCCUUCACGUCUACGUUACCCGUCCCCAAGGAGAGAACUUUCGCCGCGUGGUCGCUCCUCUCCCAGAUGGGAUACCUCUCCAUUGAGGCCUGGUUCACCCAGCUUCACACCCAUACAGCAUCCCUCCCCGGUUUCAAUUGAACAAUCCAUGUCUCCUGGAAUAGAACUUGCUGGAAAGCGGGACUCCUCAGUCAGAGGCAGACAGAGGGUUGUGUUGAGGGCCGUUUCACCACGCAGAGGCUCACACCAACAUAAAGGCAGCGGUGAUAAAACCAGACACCAAGCAAAGAUGGAGAUGGCUCAGCAACAAGGAGCCUUUGAAAUGGAAAUGGAUCAAAGGAGCAGCUUGGCUUCUAAUCUGCCUGGUGCUGCCAGUUCUCAUCACCAGAACAUCCUCAGCCAUCUCCCUCUUCACUCCCAGCAGCAGGCCCACAGUUUGCUUCCCGUUGUUCCUGUCGGUGGGCUCCAGAUAUUACACUCCCCGCCUUCCUCCAGCACUGAUGUCAUCCCCUCUGUGGCGCCAAGCCCCCAAAGCAGCGAAGGCCGGUGUUGCAGCAGUAGGGAGGGAUCUGUCCUCGGUCCUGAGACAGAAGGAGAGGACAUCAGAGGCCAUGGCCAGUUGUCCUCCCAUGAUGCUGCUCAGGUGGCAGCUCAGGAGAAAAGCCUCGACCCUGAAGUCGGAGACAGCAGACAAGAGGAGAAUGUCCAGACCUGCUUGAAAGCCAUUGCCUCACUGAAGAUUACCACAGAAGACCCUCAUUAAAACCCCCUUUGUCGGUUUUCUCGGUUUGAUCAAGGAAAAGACACCUCCCUGCUACACCUGCAACCUUGUCAUCUUCAGCCCUUUAGGCACAUGACCUCAUCUUUAUCCCAUUAGAGGCAAUAUAAUAACACUUCUUCUGGUCUUGCACAUACCCGAGACAUCUUCUUAAGUGGAUAAUAUGAGUGGAGGUCAAAUCUUUUCAGUGAAGAAGAAAGCCAUCCCAUCUGAUGAGCUCUUCUCUUCAGAGGCUCUUUGGAAAAUUUGGACAAGCAGCAGGAUGUUUUGCAAGGUGGAGAAUCAUUAAUGGGUUCAGGUGCAAUAUGGAAAGAUAUUAUGCUAAUAUGCCUUUGUCUGACAUAGUAGUUUGCGUACAAUUGCACAUAAAUUAUAUUUAUGAAUUCUGUACAAAUGUCCUUAACAUAUACUCCUUCUUAGAUACAUACAAACAGUGUAUUUUACUGUGUGUACUUUAAAAAUAGACUGUUGUUUAUGUAAUCAUAUCAAGGUGUGAUGCAGUAGUGCAGUAAAUAAAGACUAUUUAUAAGGGGAAAAGUAUGUGUAUUAUGAAACAGUCUGACCAAAUUUUAAGUAGACGCUUCUUGUGCAGUUUGGUGCUUCUGAUCAAGCAGCGAGGGUCUGUGCCUUUAUUUUGCUUUUCUUCAUUUCUUUGUCAGAAGGAGAAAUAUGGAAAGUGGUCGAGGUACUCUUUAUUCAGAGAGUUUGCUCCGAGGAGAGCUUUUUCUUUCUUGCCCCGUCAGUUCUGUCGACAGACGGAUGCAGCUUGAUUUAUGUGAAACAAUCUUAAAAAAAAAUGUUUCCUAUGUUGCAGUUUUUUCUUAAUGUUGUGGUUUUUAUCUUGGCAAAAAUGCAUGGGAUUUGCUAUUGCACAAAAAUAGAGGAGGUAAUUAUGUAAUUAUGAAUACUGUAAGAUGUAUUUAUAUAUUAGAACGUAAGCACUUAUUGAUACUGGUAAAUAUUUGACUACUAUUUAUAUGGUAUAUCUGUACUUAUGCAGCAGUGAUGCAGUUAUGCAGUGAGCUACGCUGGCAUUGCUUUUGAUCUCAUGUCGUCUCUUUGAUUAAACAGUUUUUUUUCUUGCUUAUAAAGAUGACCAUGAGCAUUUUAUGAGUUUUAAAGAUGCACUUUCAUCCUCUCAUCUUUCAUGUUUUGACUGACUCGGUCGGUGGAAACGAAGGAGUUAAAAACAUUUUGUUCUCUUGUGGUUUUGACACAUUCCAAUUUUUUUUCUUUUCUCAUUGUGUAAAACAUGUUGCACACGAAUCCAAGGGGCUACAAUGAUCAGUCAAUAGUACAUUUUCUUGCAUUUCAAGUGUAACUGGAUAAAUCAAUAUCACUUACUGUAAGUAAUGGUAAAGUAAUGACGUUAAAAGCAUGACUAUUACUGUGCUUCAGCUCACAAUGUAAGUAAUCAUUCACCAAAUGCAUUACUUCUUCUCUGUAUAUAUAUAUAUGUGUAUUUUUAUGAUUUAAACUAUUUUUGCAGUGUUGAACUCUGAAAACUUUUUAUGUGGAUUGUUUAUAUCUCUUUAAGAGGUAAAAUGCCUGCAGCUGAUGUAAUGGCAGAGGUUUAAUGAGGCUGACUGCUAACAUGGUGUGUCUCAUCUUUUUAAAAAGAAAAAUGUAUUCACAUCUUCAAGUGAUUAUCAGUUUGAGAUUUCAAAUUAAAAAAAAAACCCCACUUUGUUCACUCAUGUUUACAUAAAAGAUUUAAAGGUGCACUGCUUUAAUUUUGUGUUCUCCUUUCUGAAGGUGUAUGUAGCUUUGAUUUUAUGGUUGUGCAAUUUCAUUUGUUGUGCAGACUGCUCAUAAAAUGUGAAGGGUAAGUGAAGCCUUUUAUUUGCUUUUGCAUACAUUAUGUAUUCAGAUUGUGUUUGUGUGUGUGUUUUUUUAAAAUUGUGUAUUCAUAUAUACUGAACUGCAUUGUGCCUCUCAUGUCUAUGGAAAUUCCCUGUAAAACACACAGAGGACAAAUCAUUUUACCUCUAAGCUAAGAUUUUUCGAGGGGAAAAACCUCAGUAGCCAAUCCGUUGUUUAGCUAUUUGCAUCAAAUCUGGCUAGUCAGGAUGGAGUGCCUCUUUUAUGCUAUGAGGAAUUUAUUGUUUGGUGCUCUACUUUUUCAGAUUAAAUUCAAAAUUGUUUUAAAAGAAUAUACUUCUAACCCAA